CAGAACCUCAUUACGGAAUCACGGAACUGGCUUUCCGGAACAGAUGAUACCUGGCUCUUGGUCUUCGAUAACUUGACAGACUACGAGAUGGUCCAGCGAUACAUGCCAUGUAGCCAACACGGUUCCAUCAUAGUCACCUCUCAGCUCUCAGAUAUGAGGGACGUGACGACAUGCAGCAUUCUAAUCGGCGGAAUUUCCAGUCAAGAAGAAGCUUUGGAUCUCUUAAUUCACUACCUCCGGAACAAGGCCGUGGAUAGGGAUGAGGGCAAAGCAGUCAUCAACGUGAUCGGAAGUCUGCCGAUAGCCAUCGCCCAUGCCGCAGGAGUUAUUAAUCAGACCUGCUGCUCGCUACCUGAUUUCGCCAAGUCCUUCAAGGAGAGAAGCGAUCCAACAACGGUCUGGUUAGGUGACAAGCCAUUAACGAUAUCUCAGUAUGAGCGGUCGUUCGCAGCGGUCUUUGACUGGGCAUUAGCCACGUUGGAUCCGCCCGUGCGCGGUAUCUUGGAGUGUCUAGCCUUUUUGGAUCCGAAGGGCAUCCCGGAAGACAUGAUUUUCGCGCCUCAGCGUCCCGAGAUCUUGGAAUUUCUGUACACAAGCCAAGGGCCAGGCCCACUUAAAGUCAAGAAGCAGCUCAUUUCACGCCACCUAGUUGAAAGCCAGGCGGCUGACCCCGAAUCUAUCUCGAAUGGUUCCGCUCCGCAGGCCACUUCGCCCAUCUACCCAGCUCUGCUCGUCCAUCGUUCUGUGCAGCAAAUGCUGCUGUUCAAACUGGAUCAGAAUCCAGGCACACGCGAGCUUCGCUUUCGCCAGACUUUUGACCUGUUGAGGAUGGCGGUUCCCAAGCAAUCGCCCUACAGAGCACCAAUAAAUCACCUGUGGCCUGUCUACGAGAAGUACGUCCCGAGCGUUCGGAGUCUGUAUCACAACAUCAUCAACCCUGCCACACCGUUCAAGCCGUUCCUUGAACUCGUUGAGCUGUUGUCCGACAUAGGCAACUAUUUUUGGGAACGGAAUAUCACCAACGGGUCGAUGGAGAUGCUUCAGACAGCAGAGAACAUAUGCACUGAAGUUCUCGACCCAGACGAUCCACAUCCUGUUUUAAGCGGACUCCUGGUAGUUAUCGCGUCGUUCGAGCUCAACGCUGGGCCUGAUAGCCGCGCAAGCUGCUAGACCUACAUGGAACGCGUUCUUCACAUUCGUGACCGGUACUUGAACAGUUUGCCGCCUGGAGACGCAAAGGUGGAAGACGGCCUGCUGCUCGGCAGUGCUUACAACAACUUAGCUUGGGCCGCCAUGACGUGUGACCAGUUUGUCCGCGCCGAGCCACUGCUCGUAAAGUCUUACCAAGUCAAGAAACAAUGGGCUACAGAAGCGACGGCCCCAUUUCCAUUUGCAGAGUGCUACAAGAAUCUGGCUCAU